AUGGUUGAAGACAUGAAGAUAAAGCUGGACGCACAGAUAAAAGUUCAUAAGGGUGUCAUCUGCGAAUUAAAAAAGAGAAUGGUGCAGAAAGAUGAAGAGAAAGAGAAAAAAGAAGAAAAUCAGAUGCAUCUUGAAGAUCUGCAAAUAUUAUUAAAAGAAUCACACAAGAGAGAAGAAGAGAACAACAAAGUUAUCAAUGAGAAGCACGAACUGUUGAAGAACGCCAGUCAGCAACUGCAGAUAACCCGACUUUUACUCUCUUCUACAAAACAAAAAUUAAAAAGAACAGAACAUAUGUUGGAAAUGUCAGAUAAAGUUUUACUAACAUCGGUGAAAAAUCUGGAAAUCUGCAUGCUAAAAUUAAAUUCGACAAAGCAGCACGUUGAAACGUUAAAAAAUGAAUUGCAGAAAUCAAAUCAGAAUUAUUUGGAGGUUAAAAAUGAGCUUCAGUCGUCAAUACAGCAAAUCAACAUGCUGAAAAGUGAACUGUUGAAUGCUAAUAAUCGUCUUACUUCAUUUUUCAGCAAAUUAGUAGAAAAUGAACAUACUUUGUCAGACUUAGCAAAGACCAGGACAUCAAAAAAUGUUUUAAACGUUUACAACAAUGAUAACGAAUUUUUUCCACUCAAUCCUUCGCCAAAGCAUAACAUAACCACCCACCCAUGA